AUGAUGGAGAACAGUACAGAAGUGACACAGUUUCUCCUGCUGGGACUCACCGAUGACCCGGGCCUACAGCUGCCCCUCUUCAUCAGCUUUCUCCUCAUCUACACCAUCACCCUGGCAGGGAACCUGGGCUUGAUCCUGCUGAUUGUCUUGGACUCUCGGCUUCACACCCCCAUGUACUUUUUUCUGGGUAACCUGUCUCUGGUAGACUUUUGUUACUCAUCAGCAGUCACUCCAAAAGUCAUGGCUGGUUUUCUUGUAGGAGACAAGAUCAUCUCCUACAAUGACUGUGCUGCACAGAUGUUCUUUUUUGCAGCCUUUAUUACUGUGGAAAAUUACCUGUUGGCCUCAAUGGCCUAUGAUCGCUAUGCAGCAGUGUGUAAGCCCCUACACUAUGCCACUACCAUGACUACAAGUGUGUGCACAUGGAUGAUCAUUGGCUCUUAUGUCAUCGGCUUUCUGAAUGCCUCUAUCCACAUUGGAGACACAUUCCAGCUUUAUUUCUGUGAGUCUAAUGUGGUCCAUCACUUUUUUUGUGAUAUUCCGGCAGUCAUGGUUCUCUCUUGUUCUGACAGACAUGACAGUGAGCUGGUUCUUGUCUAUAUAGUGAGUUUUCAUAUAUUUUUUGCCUUCAUAGUUAUUUGGAUAUCCUACAUAUUCAUUUUUGUUACCAUCUUGAAGAUGCACUCAGGUGCAGGACAUCACAAGGCUGUAUCCACCUGUGCCUCCCAUUUCACUGCAGUCUCCAUUUUCUAUGGAACUAGUAUUUUUAUGUAUGUACAGCCCAGCUCCAGCCACUCCAUGGACACUGACAAAAUUGCCUCUGUGUUCUACACCAUGAUCAUCCCCAUGCUGAACCCUCUGGUCUACAGCCUGAGGAAUAAGGAGGUGAAAAGUGCAUUCAAAAAGAUCAUUUUGGAGGCAAAAUAA